AUGGCUGCAGGCAUGCUACCUAUUCGAUACAACCACUCUGCCAGCGGGUUGACCGCCACGCUUCUGUUUGCGCUCUUAGCCCUAUCAUCAUGGACCAUCCAAUCCGUAGCUGCCAGCGGACAAGUUGUUGCUGAAGCAGCUGUUGUACCUGAGCUGCCAGUGCUUCUUCCACCAGCAGUCCCGCCGGAAGAGCAGACUGGCCGCACUCCAGGCGCCGACGGCCAGCUGUUGGAGUUCAAACUCCAGCAUAUAUUUCAUCAUGGUACCCACAAGUACCCCAGACUGCACAGAAGACUUGACAUCCCCGCCGAUGCCCGCUUGCUCGUCACCUUGGACGAGGCGAUGGAUCCCGAGCCCGCACCUCGACUCCGUGCCCGUUCUCAGCCCACAACUAUCCAGCGACUCGCCGAUCGGAGUGCGUCUCACAUAAAUGACAUACUCGAGUAUGGGCGGAUGAACGGUCAUCCAAUGCCCUUGCCUGCCUCCGCUUGGACGGAAGAUGAGCUGUCUGGCCCCAAUGCAACAGACAAAGAGACCGUCUUGAGUUUCGCGCGGAUGGCAUCAAACGCUUACAUACUGGAACCUCACACUGGAGAGUGGCAAGAUGUUGGCGGAGGCUUCAACUACACCGAAGACUUUGGAUGGCAGGCUGAUGGUCUGCGCGGUCAUAUCUUCGCGGACACCAAAAACCAGACGGUCAUUAUCGGGCUCAAGGGAACAUCUGUGGCUGUUUUUGACGGCGCAGAAACUACGACGAACGACAAAGUCAACGACAACCUCUUCUUCAGCUGCUGUUGCGGCCAGGGAGGCUCGUUCCUUUGGCUCCAAGUAUGCGAUUGCCAGACUUCGACGUACACCUGCAACUCGACGUGCCUGGUCCAGGCUUUGAAGGCUAAGAAUCAUUACUAUUAUGCCGUGCAAGACCUCUAUCACAACGUCACCGCCAUCUACCCUGACGCAGAUAUUUGGGUGACCGGCCAUUCGCUAGGCGGGUCCGUCGUCAGCCUUCUCGGUCUCACGUUUGGCUUACCAGCCGUCACAUUCGAAGCUCCUGGAGAAGCCCUGCCUGCGAUGCGACUGGGUUUGCCCACACCGCCAGGCUAUCGUGCUGGCUCCCAUCAGCAGCGAGGGAACACUGGCGGCUACCAUUUCGGGCAUACGGCGGACCCAAUCUUCAUGGGUACGUGCAGCACGUGCACCCUGGCGGGAUACGCUUUGCAAAGUGUCUGCCAUUCCGGAUUGACGUGCGAAUACGACACCGUAAAGGACUUUGGUUGGCGACAAGGCCUCGGCUACCACAGGAUCGUCAACGUGAUCCACAACGUCAUCGAAAAGUAUGAUCAGCCGGCCAAGUGCGAACCGUACGAAGACUGCGUCGACUGCUUCAACUGGAAGUUCUACGAAAGCAAUAGCUCGACCACGACGAGUUCCUCAAGUAGCAGCUCGUCGACCACUCGCACGCGAACCGCAACCUGCAAGACCCCCGGUUGGUGGGGCUGUUUAGAUGAAACCACGACAUCCGACACGACUUCCACGCAUUCUGCCUCUACCUCGACCUCGACCUCGACUUGCAAGACGCCCGGCUGGUUCGGGUGCAAGGAUCCCACAACCACCACGACCACCACUUCAUCAUCCUCGCAGACUGCGGCACCUGCUCCCACAAUCACGACAACUUCCAGCACUCCGACAGCAAGUUCGCCAAGCACUUCGUGCGAUGAUCCGGGGUGGUUUGGCUGCAACGACCCAACGUCGACCGUCAAACAGACAUCGCACAAACAUAGAUACACCGCGUCACCAACCGCCGAGUGCACGUCCAGGGAGUGGUUUGGGCUCAUCUGCGUUGAUCCUUCCCUGGUGACGAGCACCAAUCCACGUCCCACGUCGUCUCGCACUGCGCCUGUGAGGCACCGGACGAAGUGUGCACAUCGGUAUUGGUUUGGAGGAUGUAAGGACUGGGAAGACAGAGACGAGAUGUGA